CCAGUUUGCCACGGUGCGCUGAAUUACUAGAUUCGCACGAGCAACAGUUAGCUAGCUAUAGCCGGCGCCAUCAUGCCCUCGUCGACGGCCGUCGUCCCGGCAGCGGCGGAGGCGAGCAGCCGCAUCAUCCUGGUGCACGGCACGGGCCACGGCGGGUGGUGCUGGUACAGGGUCGCCACGCUGCUGCGCGCCGCGGGCCACCGCGUCCACGCGCCCGACCUCGCCGCGUCGGGCGCCGACGCGCGCCGGCUGCGCGACGACGACGCGCCCACGUUCGACGACUACUCGCGCCCGCUGCUCGACGCCGUCCGCGCGCUCCCGGACGGCGAGCGCGCCGUGCUCGUGGGCCACAGCUUCGGCGGCAUGAGCGUCGCGCUCGCCGCGGACACGCUCCCGGACAAGGUCGCCGCCGCCGUGUUCGUCGCCGCGCUCAUGCCAGACUGCGCCAGCCCGCGCCCCGACGUCAUCGAGAAGCUUCCAUUGACGGACUGGGUGGACUGCGCGACGGACGAGGAGCACGCACCGCCGUCGGUGCUGUUCGGGCCGGAGUUCAUGCGGCGGAAGCUGUACCAGCUGAGCCCGGAGGAGGACAUCACGCUGUCGCGGAGCCUGGUGCGGGUGAGCUCCUACUACGUGGACGACAUGCGCCGCCAGCCGCCGUUCGGCGAGGACCGGUACGGCGCGGUGCGCAAGGUGUACGUGGUCUGCGGGAAGGACCAGGCCAUCGUGGAGGCCUACCAGCGGCGGAUGAUCGCCGGCUGCCCCGUAGAGGAGGUGAGGGAGAUCGCCGGCGCCGACCACAUGGCCAUGUUCUCCGCGCCGGUGGAGCUCGCCGGGCACCUCGCCGACGUCGCCAACACCUACACUUGAUUUUGAUUGUACUAGCUGACAACACGUCGCCAGCAUAACAUACCAAGGCCGUGUUUAGUUAGAUACCCAAUUUUUUUUUGACGUAUACGGACACACAUUUUAAGUAUUAAACAUAGACUAAUAACAAAACAAAUUAUAAAUUCCGUCUAUCAACUGUGAGACGAAUUUAUUAAGCCUAAUUAAUCCAUCAUUAGCAAAUAUUUACUGUAUCACCAUAUUGUCAAAUCAUAGCGUAAUUAGGCUCAAAAGAUUCGUCUCACAAUUUACAUGCAAACUGUGCAAUUGUUUUUUCCGUCCACAUUUAAUGCUCCAUGCAUGUGUCCAAAUAAUUGAUGUGACGGAAUUUUUGGAUGUUUGAAGAAAAAAGUUGAAUCUAAACACAGCCCAAAUCGGGAAGAGUAGACUUCACGCUCUCACAACAGUUCUAGUUGGUUGCCCGUAUUCCCCUAGCCUAGCUCAUCUCUCUCAUCUAGGUUAAGUUUGACCUGGCUAGGAAGAUACAUAUACAGCUAUUGGUUGUUGCAUUGGUCUAGCCACGCUAGCAUGAGGUUUUGUUUGGUUA